UGGGAGUCGAAGGGUUUACGUUGGGAGGGAGUCUGGGAGACUGAAAAUAUUGAUGACUGCAUUGUAUGCGGUUAGCUAGAACAGUAGUUUUGAAGAGAGUUCGUUUAACGUAUUUAUCCGCGUUUAUGUCUAUUGUCGACCUUACUCAUAUGCAACGUUUUCGAUUACGUUUGCAGGUAGUUUCCCCCGGGAGAGCUCUUGCCGUGCGUGGCGGUCUGGCGGGGGCCUAGCGAUCCCGUAGCCAGGCUCCGGGACUGGGCGUGAAGGGGGCGAUGUAGCCUCCGGGGCCGGCCCCUGACGCGCACGCCUGGGGAAGAUGCCCUCUGGCCUGCGCCACAUCGCCACGGAACCAGCCAGCCUCAGCGGCCGCUACUUCAGCAUGGACAAGAAGAGGAGCCCCCAGCCCAGGAGCAAGACAAAGUCCGUCGCCGGGGCGGGCUCCGACUCGGAGAUGAGCGUGGAAAGCAACAGUCUCUCCGCAGAAUCCAAUAAUGACUUGGUUCCUAAAACUCCGCCCAAAGACAAGGAGACAGUCGUGAUGGUCAACAAGAGAACCGCCCGUCGAGGCUCGGAGUGGGAGAUUCUCGAGGGGCUGAAGGAAGGACAGCGUUACGAGAAGAAGCCUGACAUGUUCACCGGCUACCUUCACAAGAAGAGGAAAUGGCCUCUCAAAGGUUGGCACAAGCGGUAUUUUGUGCUGGACAAGGGCCUCUUGAUCUACGCCAAAAGCCCUGGUGACAUUGCGAGAGGGAAGAUACAUGGCUCCCUCGACAUUGGACUGUCUGUCAUAUCGACUAAAGAGAAACGUCGACGUCUUGACAUAGACGCUGAAGAGUUCAUUUAUCAUUUGAAAGCAAAAACGUUAGAAACAUUUACCAAAUGGGUGGAACAAUUGAAGCAUCACCGUCUCUACCGUCAACACAUACUGACUUUCGGCAACAGAGAUGCGGCAUCUAUCUGCGCUCAGCGAGCUACGAGAGGAGAAGACAGUCCGUCUGCCCUUCAUGGCAAGAUCCCGCUGACGCCCCCCGACCUGACGCCCAGCCGGGACGGCUCUCUGCCGCGCACCAAGCCGUGCGCUUCGCUGGGGGCCUCCGGAGGGGGCGGGCGCCUCGCCGCGUGGGUGGCGGACUCCUCCCCGGCGCUCGACUCGCUCGCCAGGGAGCUGGGCCAGGCGUCCCAGAACCUGCAGCAGCUGGGACGCAUCCUGGAGCAGAUCGAGGCCCUGCCCUCCGCGGAGGUCGAGAUAACGUCUGAAGGUUUUUCUCCCAAUGUGAAGAAAGACCGUAAGAAAUUUGGCCUUCGCAAAAAGAAGAGUUCGAAAGGCAGCUCGGUAGAUCUGUCCGGCUCGAGCCCGAGCAAGAACACCGAGCCAGAAAAUGCAUCUCCCCUCUCUACGUGCUCGUUCAGCGGGCUGUCGCUGUCGCCGCCGCCGGCCGUGCUGAGCUGCAGCAACCCCUCGCUGCCGGCGGCGCGCCCCCAGAGCCUGCCAAACUCGGACCACCUGCCCGUGUGCACGCUCGACGCCCGCCUCUCCAGCACCCCGGACAACCAGCUGCGGGAGGACUACGCCAUCCUCGCCAAGGACGUCCACAACAGCUUGAAGCAGACCAUGCAGGCCCUGAGCACGGAGCGUGACCGCUUGAAGACGGCGCUCGAGUCGGACGCCAGCGCGGCGCCCAGCGUGGGCCCUGCCUCGGGCGCCGUGACUGCCGUGCUGCGCGGCUCCCUCGCGCACGCCCUGCAGCAGAACGCUGACCUCAAGGCGCGGCUGGCACGCAUCCACGACACCGCGGACCUGAGCGACCUGUCGUCCGUGGGCCCGGCGUCGGAGGUGAUGCAGAAGCCCCUGCACGCGUCGCUCUCGUACAGCUCGUCCUGCCUGAGCGCGUCGGAGUUCUUCGACGCGGAGGAGUACCAGGAUCUGGAGCGGGGCAACGCGCGCGAGGGCCACAGCGAGACGUCCUCGGAGGCGGGCAGCCUCACCAGCGAGGAGGGCAGCGUGAGCAGCGAGAACAGCGAAGUGGGCACCGAGUACACCCCUGCGCAGAGCUCGGUGGUGUGCGCGGGGGGCAGCAUGAAGUGCAUGACGGGGCGGCGCACCAAGCUCCCGGUGCCGCGCCCGGACACCGAGGGCCUGUCCUUGUGGAACCUGCUGUGCAAGAACAUCGGCAAGGACCUGUCCCAGGUGUCCAUGCCCGUCACGCUCAACGAGCCCCUCAACAUGCUGCAGCGCAUGUGCGAGGAGCUGGAGUACAGCGAGCUGCUGGACAAGGCGGCCGAGCUGGACGACCCGUACGAGCGGAUGGUGUACGUCGCGGCCUUCGCCGUGUCCAGCUACAGCUCGUCGUACUUCCGCGCCGGCAGCAAGCCCUUCAACCCGCUGCUGGGCGAGACCUACGAGUGCAUACGUGAGGACAUGGGGUUCCGGUUCGUCGCCGAGCAGGUGAGCCACCAUCCUCCGGUCAGCGUCUGCUACGCUGAGUCGAGGAACUUCGUGUUUUGGCAGGACGUCAGAAUCAAAACCAAGUUCUGGGGCAAGUCCAUGGAAUUCCAGCCAACAGGCACGGUGAACGUCCGCCUGCCGAAGCACGGCGACCAGUACCAGUGGAACAAGGUGACGACGUGCGUGCACAACCUGUUUGCCGGGCAGCGCUGGGUCGACCAGUACGGGGAGCUGAAGAUCACCAGCAGCAGCAACAUCAGCUGCAAGCUCACGUUCGUCAAGGCCAGCUAUUGGUCGGCGAAGAGGCACGAGGUGUUUGGCGUUGUCACCAACUCGGAGGGCAGAGCCGUCCGCAACUUGUUCGGCAAGUGGAGCGAGGCCCUGUACUGUGGCGUCGCGCCGUCCGCGCGCUGCAUUUGGAGGCAAGGUACAAUGCCCGAGGAGUAUGAACUGUAUUAUGGGUUCACAAGAUUUGCCAUGGAGUUGAAUGAAUUAGACGAAGACAUGUCUAAAUACUUGCCUAUCACAGAUACCAGAUUUCGGCCAGACCAGAGGAUGCUGGAGGAGGGGAACCUGGUGGGGGCGGAGAACAUGAAGCUGUACCUGGAGCAGGCCCAGCGCGACCGCCGCAAGAGGAAGGAGCAGGAGAGCUCGCAGCACCAGCCGCUGUGGUUCAGCAAGCGGACAACGGGCUCCGGGGAGGAGGUCUGGGAGUACACCCACAAGUACUGGGAGUGCCGCAAGAACCCCGGCUUCGUCAACAUGCAGCUGGAAGCUCUGUGGUAGCUGUGGCCCGCUCACCACUUCACACUUCACCUCAACAAUUGUUUCCUAUGUUUUCUUACAGCAGACCACUAUAUAUAUUUUUUUAAAAACAAAAGUGUCGAAAGUUUUUCUGUGUUAUUCUACUCAAUGCUUGAAGGUGGUACACGUUGUGCAAAUUGUACGUAACAUUUAUUUACGUUAAACUUCAUAGUAUCGUGGAUUUUAUAUUCAAAUCAAGUGCCACUGAUUUGGAAUGAACGGUUGAUUUAUUAAAACUACAUAAUUUGGGUCAAGUAUUUAAAAUUUACAAAUACAUAUAUUAAAAUUUUUUAAAAAGUUUGUGUUUUCAACUUUAAAAAUAAAUUUAUUUUUAAUAUAAAUUUUUUGCAUAAUGCUUGGUAAAUUUCAAGUAGAUAUGUUUGUUUAUUUCCCCUGAAGCAAAGAAUUUGACCCUUGCCACUUUUGAUUUUUUUUUUAAUGAAGCUAAUGCUUACUCAUUUGAAUAAUUAUUUUUUAAACAUAUUUUUGGUUUUUAUAAAUUUAUGACUAUAAAUGUAGGAAUGCAAAUUGUGAAUGCAAGGAAUUUUCUUUUCUUAAGUUAAUGUUUGUAUCAUCUGUUUCAUGAAAACUAUUUUUUUUAUUACCAAUGUAGAUAAAAUGUAAUUCAACACAAAAACCAUUCUUGGUAGGUAUUGGAAAGUAUUACUUAUUUUUUUUCCUUUCCAUUUUUGAAUCUUCAAGCAUGGAGUGGUUAGUUAUAAGUUUACACUUUAUGUUUUUACCAUUACUUUAUUAGGAAAAUAUUGGAGUGUCCCUAACAUAGAACUGUUAAUUAUUAACUAAUUAUAAUGCAAGUUAUGCUUUGUUCAUUUGCCAGAUCUUUAUUAUAUAAGUAAUAUUUUUUUGUGUAAUUUUUUAUUUUGUUGACGUAGGUACUUGCUAUCACAGAAUUGUUAACAGACAAUUUUUCUCCUGCCUUUGUGGAGUUUCUUAGGGAUGAAGUUUGUUGUCCUAUGUAAAUGCCAUGUGGUUUGUGAGGUUAUGUCUCAUAACUGUGCUUGUGGCAUACGCGCCUGCCCCAAUCCUGCUCACUUACAUUUUUAUAUACAUUUUUAAGUUUUUUGUCUUGUUGGUGUCUCAAAUGUGUUGGACUUAGCAAUUUGAUGUGUUUUUUUUUGUAAAUGUUGAUUUGCUACCUUUUAUUAUAUUAUAAUUCUAUGUUAUUCACCAAUUUUAACGUUCCUAAAUGUAGUAUGUAUUUGUGAUUUUGCUUUUUAACUAUAUUGUAGUAUUUUUAUUCAAGGGUGCUCCUCUUUGUCUACCAGGGAUCUUUGAAUCUAUCAGAGUUGCCACUACCCAAACAAGGAUUUAUUGUUGCCUUUUGUGUUGUUUUCUCACAAACACCCCACCCAAUUACUUUGCACCUUUUUUUAUUUUUGUUUGUGCCUAUGAAUAUAAUUUUUUUUAAUUUUUGUUUGUGCCUAUGAAUAUAAUUUAUUUUUAAUUUACUUGCCACUUGCCAUACUAAGAGCUGAUGUCUUCAGCUGUUUAUCUUAUGGUACAACUUCUGCUGUUUUGUUUUGCAAUACAUGUACAUAAUGUAUCUAAUGUACAAAUUAACCAGCUGUUGUUAAGUCUGUAUAUAGGCCAUAUGUACAGCAUAAAAAAUUUUAUUUUAUUUUUUUAUUGUUAUGGAUUCUUGAAUAUGUAUAUAGAUUCUUAUUGCAUAGACGUUUAACUGCUAACAAGUUCUAUGAAUGUGACAAUUUUGAAAAGCAAAAGCAUUGAAAGAUGCUAUGCUUUAACAAAAUUAUCAAAUAGCAAUGUCUUGUUUUGAAAUCAGCCUGCUGGCAGUUUUGAUUCGUCGUUAAUAUGUACUUAAAUGUACCUAACUUUGUUCAGUAAUAAAGAAUUGUGUAUAAUGAUGUAUGGAGGAUACAGUUCUGGCAUCUAUAUUAUGUAUCUUUAUUGGUAGAAUUAGAGGUGUGAAUUAUGUUUGUUGAAGGAAUGUUGUUUGGUGCUGCAAUUGUCUGAUAUUUGUUGCUUAUUCAUUUGUUUGUUCUUAUGCACAUUGUCUUGUAAAACUUACCUUAAGUUGAUUUUAGAAUCAGUUUCAUCUUUUAAGUUAUUAGCAAGUACUUUACUCCAAGUACAAUUUUGCCAUAUGUACAUUUUAUUUACCAGUUCUUGGAUACUUACAGUUAAAUAUGUAAUACAGGCAGAGCUAUACUUACUUAAGAGUUGUUAAAUUUUCAGGAUUUUUACAUAACUCAAUAAAUUUAGGAUUACGGUUGAUACACAACCACAAUUGAAACUAUUUUGACUCUAGAAUACAAUAUUGACUUUUAUGUGCUAACAUACCUUAUAUCGUAAUAUGUUGAAUUUAAAUUAUUUUUAACCCUUAAACUUAUAAUGGCUUAAAACAACAUUCCUAGUACACCCUCCCCUCAAAGUAAUGCCCUAAUUUGUUUCAGGAAAAUAGAGCGCUAAUCAAAUGUGUUUUUAUUUUCCAUAAGAGAGCAUGUUAAUCAAAAUAAUUUGAUGUGUGUUUUCUGACUGCUAUUUCAAUCAUGACAAUGCUCCUGUUAAAAUCAAUAAAGUGUUAAGUAUAUGUCUAACUGUAUUCAAACCAACAUUUGAAUUAUAUUUUGAGAAUAAAAUUCAAAAACUAAAUUCCAUUGUAAAAAAAAUCACUAGCUGAAUUGCUCACAUACAUUGACAUAACAACAUUAUUGAGCUAUGAAAUAAUUAUUAAUUUAGAAGCUCUGUUGAAUGCAUAAUAGAAUUAAAUAAGCAUAAAAAUAAUGUUUUCUAUUUACAAGAAAUUUUAUUUAACUUUUAAACGUAAUUCUCAACUGUGUUGUUUACGAAAUGUGUGACUCCACGUAAAUUGCUAGCAACAUGACUUUCCACUAGAACAACCUGGUAAAUUCAAGCUAAAAUGACCCUGACUAUUUCUGGACUUUAUUGCAAAACUGCUGCUGACAUAUGAAAUGGCGUGAAAUAAACAUUGUGAAACACACACGGCCAUUGAAAAUAUUUCUGAGAAGUAUAUAUCAUUUUACCAUAUGAAUUAGGCUCAAAAAUUAAGCAGUGAAGGAUGGAAAUACCUAUUAAAUAAAGUUAAACUGUGGUUUUAGAGAGACAUUAUUAUAUUAAAUUGUUUCAUUGUGUUUACUGUUACACGAGUGUCGUUGCACGGAAAUUAAAAAUUCUCAUAAAUGAAAAUGAGUGCUAGUUUGAAUCUAUAACCGCACCACUUCAAAUCAUUCAUCAUUAUAUCAAAAACACUCAUCUCAAAACAGCGUUACUUCGAGGAGUGGAUAUUAACAAAUCAGUUGAAAUAUUUUUGUUGUGGUGGACAAUUUUAAAUUAAGCAUAUAUAGAAUAUUUAUGAGUCACGUUCUUAAUUCCAAAAUAUUUUGUGAUUUUUUUGGAUAAUGAUCUUGAGAGUUUAGAUUGGUAAGGAUGAGUCUCUUUAAUUCUAUAUUGAAGUGGAAUGAUUUAAUAAAUAAAUCAAUCAGUUUUGUGGGAGCAUGUACUUAAGAUGUUUUACUGCAUACUGUUUUAUAAAUUUUUUCUAGAAUUAUCUGGUUUCUCUUUUUUCCCAGCUUCAAUUUGAAAAAAAAUAAUUUAUGCCUGAAUAAUUUAGGCAUUUAAGUAACUUGAUCUUCAGAAGAAGAAAGCUGCAGUGAAAUUUGUUUACAAUUGUUUAAAUCAAUACUGCAAAGUGUGUGAGUGUUUUGAAGAUAUACGUAGAAAUGAAAACCUAUAUCCAAUAUCACUAUCUUUUGUAUUAAUAAAUGCUAAUAGUUUUUUUUUACUUGGAUAUUUGGCCUAGCGUGAGCCUAAUUACAUUGACCUUUAACUGCUCAGAAGAGGUUUUUCAUCUAUAGAAAAAUAUGGUCUUCUAAUGAUGGUGUAAUUGUUUUGACAAUCUUGAAUGAGAUAUGAGUAAUUGAUUAGUUUUUUAGAUGAAUGUGAUUUUUCCAGUUGUGUAUUGCAAUGUACUCAUACUUACACUCAUAAUAGUAUAUUGUAAGUACUUGUUUAGAAAAAUUACGUAACAUACCUAAUUGAGUACUUUUGUACAAGUAUCUAGACAAGUGUUAAACAAUUAUUUUCUGGAAAGAAUAACUCCGAAGAUACAAUUCAAACUAUAGUACUUCAGUAGAUUUUUUUUUUUUUUUUAAUGGUUUUGAACAAGUUAUGAAUGUAUUUUAUUAGUUAGAAGCAGCAAAAAAAAAUAAAAAUUUAAGUUAACAUAGUCAUAGUACAAAAAGGAUGUCGAAGUAUUAUUUUAAUUUAUUAACUCAAAUUGUUGGAAUUCCUGCAACAAAAUUGUGAAUGAAAUAGGAAGUAUUCUAAAAAUGUUUAACAUGUAAUACAUACAUAAAAUGACUAUUGUGAACAAAAUUUUGUUCAUAUCAUAUUUAAUUAAAUAUGGCCCAUGUUUAAAAAUCAUUGUGAUAUUUCUGUAGGUAUCAAUUUUUUAAAAAAAAUUGAAAUAUGAGUUUUGAGUUUUUUUCAUUUUUCAUUUUAUUGAAGUCCUUUUUUUUUUGUCAUAAAUUAAAUAGUUCUUUUUCCACUCUCUCUAAAAAUGUGCAGUUUGCAAUCUGUUCACUGGUUGGAGAUCUCAUUAGCCAUGAUCGCUAAUGCAGUUAUUUUCAUAAAGUUCACUUCCAAACUUCGCCAUGACACAAUUUAUGAACAGCAGGUCACAAUUAUUUUGGAGCAUGGUUUAUAUAAAUAUAAGGCGAUUUUGUACAAAAACCUGUUGAAACUAACAGUGGGGGGUCGCAAUGUAAUCGCAAACUUGUAGCUUGCCAAUGGGAACAGCUUAGUUGAAAAACUACACGCUCUGCCCGUAAACUGUGUCACGUAUGCCACUUUAGCCCGGAGCCUCCUGAACCUCUGCACGGGCGUGACAGAUGAGAGGAGAACACUCGGAAUGUGGGAUGAGGGAGAGAGUGCAAAUGUAGUUAAGUCCACGGUUCCUCAUGCUUCUCUUCUGAGUGGCUGCUCUACCCCCCUCCCGGACAACACUGCAUUCUUUACUUUCUGAGUGGCUGCUUUCCAAAUACAGUCAUAAAGUCAUAAAACUUAAAAAAACGCAGCUUGGCGUUUAAUGAGGCAGUUUAAAUCGCUCAUCUGACGGAAAGUGGCACCAGAAAAGGUUUAAUAAAUAUGAAAUAAUUUUUUUUUAUUUUAAAUUAUUUAAAGUUCUAAAGACUUGAAUUGUGAUUUUCACUCCAUAAAGUUUCUUCCUUAAACUUGUAAUCAAAAAGUGUGGGGUCGCAUUAUAUUCAGAGUCGUGCUAUUUUUGGGUCAAUACUGUUAUUAUAGUACAUAGUAUGUAUAUGUGUGCAAGUGUUGUAAUAAUUAACAAUUUGUAUGCUCUGCUGAUUAAGUUAAAUGUUAUUUAAGAGGCAUGUUGGAAUCAGAAUAGUUAGAUUUUUGACUACUUAAAAAAAAAAAAUAUCUUUUAAGUAUUUUUUUUGCAAAGUUUUUUUUUUUUUCCUAAUCCAUUCCAAGAAAUAUAGUUAAAUGACUUUUUUCCAUAACUAACAUAGUUUAAGAGACCUUUUUUCAAAUCCCAGGUAAUAAUUGUAUUUGUGUACCUUAUAUGGUUUAAGGCAGAACUUCACCUACCUUCAAUGACUAGCCUUAAAAUUUUUGUUUUCUUAAUAACCAUUCUAUUUCCAGUGAAAGUCUUCAUAUGUAUGUAAUUUAAGAACCAUUUCAAAUCUUCCUCCUCACACAAUAAAAAAAAGCACGCUAAAAUUGUAUUGCAUGAAAUUAAGGAUAAAAAUUACUCAGAUAUUGUUUUAGACUAGAUUUAUUUUUGUCACAAACUCAUUAUAGGAAUGUUACAAUCAAAUAGAAAACUGGCUUCAACAUGAUGGUUUAUAGUAAAAAUAGUACAAUUGUUGCUUAAAUUCCUAGAAAAAUUUUUUUUCCUGUUCUUUGUCUCAUGGUUAUAAGGCUAGGAUAGAUAAAUAUUUAUCACUUCACCUACUUACAUUUACACAUUCCUAGCUAAGAGAAUUCUUUUAUCUUAUUUUGAAGCAUAACAUAAUAUUUGGUUUGUAAAAGUUUUGAAAAUACUUUUAUUGUUUUAUGACUGAUUUCGUUGCAGUCAUUUACAGUUUUUAAUGUUUGACAUUGUUUAUUAAUGUGGUUUAAUCAAACAAAUUUUUUUAGUAUAAUAGCGUAAUUUUCUUGCGCAUUGUCCACUUGUGUGUGUUUACCAGACUGAUAGAAUAUAUUUUGUGUGGAGUAAAUCAAUUGAUAUCACGUAUGUACUACGUUAUUGUUAAAUAUCCAGCUUUAAGAGUGUUGACGUAGAAACUUUUUUGCGUGUGCUGUUACACCUGUCUUAAAUCAGUGCUGUUAAAAUAUCCUGUGUGAGCUUUCGAUUUUGCGCGAACGUUUUGUCUACUAAGCUACACACACACACACACACACACACACACACACACACACACACACAC